AUGAAGCAACCUAGACGAAAAUUCCUUUCAGGGUGGAGAUCCAUCUGUCACAAUCCGUCAAGAAGAGGAUUCCUAGGGUUCGCCCCAACAACACUAGAGCAAUCGUUGGUGCAACACAAGAGAUGGAGCGGUAAUUUCCAAAUAUUACUCUCUAAGCAGUGCUCCUUCAUUCGAGGCUAUGGGAAAAUUAAUAUAGGACUCCAAAUAGCCUACCGCAUCUAUGGAUUGUGGGCUCCAUACUCCUUGCCGACACUUCACUAUACCUCAACCCCUCCUCUUUGCCUCCUCAAAGGAAUGUCUUUAUACCCAAAGGUAUCUAGUCCUUGGUUUACAGAUUUCGUCUAUGUAAUCAUCGCAAAUAACAUAUACAGGAUAGCUGAACCCUUAGUGUGUGGAGAUACGUUUUUUGGAUGGUGGAACUCGCAAAGAAUGUGGGUCUAUAGAAGAUUGACCUCCUUCCUAUAUGGAGCCAAGUUGUCAUUUACAAUCACAGCAAAGGUCAGUGAUGGGGAUGAGAGCAAGAGGUAUGAGAACGAGGUCAUGGAAUUUGGAUCUUCAUCUCCUAUGUUUACAAUCAUAGCAACAAUCGCAAUGGCGCUCAACCUUGGUUGUUUGUUGGGUGGAUUGAUGCGUCUACUGGUUUAUGAAGGGGUUGCAGGGCUGAAUGACUACUAUUUUGCACAAUUGGUCCUUUGUGGAUUGAUGGUUGCAAUCAAUGCGCCUGUUUAUGGGGCAAUGUUCUUUGGGAAGGACAAGGGAAGAAUUCCUCCUUCGACCACGUUAGCCUCUCUUUGUUUAGCAAUAGUAACUUGCCGUGUGCACAUACUUUGA